ACUCCCCUUCCCUUCGCAUAUGGCGUCGUCGGAGGGACCUCGUCGUCGGCGGCGGGGCAAGAAGAGCGAAGCCAAAAACAAGAAGAAGAAAGAGGCCGGACCGACGACCGUGGAGGACCUCCCCGACCACCUCUUCGAGCUCAUCCUCCUCCGCCUCGGCCCGUCGCCAUGCCUCGUCCGCGCCGCGGCCGCCUGCAAGCGGUGGUGCCGCGUCGUCGGGAACCCCGGCUUCCUCGCCCGCUUCGGCCCGGUCCACGAGCAGGCCCCGUACGUCGGCGACUACCACACCGUCCAGGGCGGCGAGCCCCUCUUCGUCCCCUCCUCGCCGGUCGUCGUCGACCGCAGCCGCUUCUUCCUCGAGUUCCUCCCGGAGAGCGGAUCGUGGGAGAUCGCGGACAGCCGCGGCAGCCUCCUCCUCCUCACCAAGAAGAGGGCGCCGCAGAGCUGGCGCGACUACAGUCGCCGUGUCCGCCACUACCCCGACCUUAUGGUAUGCGAGCCGCUCACCGGGCUCUACCAGGGGAUCCUCUGGCCGGAGGAUCUGGACGGAACCGGCCGCCUCGGCGUGUUCCUGCUUGACGGCGACGACGCGGACCGCCGCGUCAGCACGUCCAACUUCAGGGUCCUUGCGGCCGUCGACGAUGCCAUGGCAUGUGUGUUCUCCACGGGCAGGGAUGGCGGCUGGCGCAUUAUUUACAGCGAGAUCACCAGCCACGUCGAGCUCCCAAAGCUCGGCCCCGAAAAUUUCGUAGGGCGCGCAAACGGCACUCUGUACUGGGGAAUUGACGGAUGCGCCACCGCCGUUCUUGCCCUUGACGAGGCCACCGCGGAGUUCUCGCUCGCCGCAUUCCCGGAGACCGUCUGGGGGCCGUCGCACAUACGGACCUCGCGGAUCGUCGGCGGCGAGGACGGCACGCUGCGCGUCAUCCGCCUCAUAGGCAACGACCUCAAGGUCUUCGCACGGCGGCAUCCGGGCAGUGACGAAGAUGAGUGGCUGCUGGAGAUGCAGCUGGAGUUGCCGGAGGCCACCCUUAGGCUGCCGGGGCGCGAGGAGCACUUCUUCCGGCAACAAGCCAUGGUUGUUGCGGCGAAUACCAGAUACGUCCUGCUGACACCGAGCGAGAAGGCGUGGUUGUUCUCUGUUGAGCUGGACACGAUGCGAGUGGAGCGCGAGCACGAGAGAAACAAGUACGCCGGAGAAGCGUACCCGUGCAAGUUGCCGUGGCCGCCGGCCUUGACUGAUCAUGGCAGGGAGAGGAGGUGAUGAUGAUGAUGCCUGAUUGUCAUGGCUGCCGACUUUGUCAUCAUAGCAGACUAGCAGAGAGGAGGUGAUGACGUCCCUGAUCGUGUAUCAAAAUUUCAAAAGGUUAUCCGUUUCGUCGUAUCUGGAACAGAUUUGCACUAUUUGUAUUAAAAAAAUCCGUCCCGUGUUUUUGCUUCACUCUGUUCUUUGGGCCAGCCGAUUUGUUAUUGGGCUGAAACGCAUUUCGUGUUGCCUGUUUGUAUGCAUUUUUUGCUUCUCUUUUUUUAAGUCUGUUUAUAGGGGUAUAUUCAGGAU